AUGUCGCAUCCUAGCAUCGUGGACGGUUGGUUUAGAGAGAUUAACGAUAAGAGUUUCCCUGGUCAAGCUUUUUCCCUGAGAGUCGAUAAGCUUUUGUACCAAUUUAAAAGUGAAUUUCAAGAUAUAUUGGUCUUUCAUAACGAUGUCUAUGGUAACGUCCUUGUUCUAGAUGGUAUCAUUCAAUGCACCGAGAAAGAUGAGUUCGCAUAUCAAGAAAUGAUUACACAUAUACCGUUGUAUUUGCAUAGUAAUCCAAAGAAAGUUCUGGUAAUCGGAGGUGGUGAUGGUGGUGUCAUUAGAGAAGUUCUCAAGCAUGACUGCGUAGAAAGCGUUACAUUGGUGGAAAUUGAUGAAACAGUUAUACAACUAUCUAAGAAAUAUUUACCAAACAUGUCCUGUGGAUUUACUAAUGAGAAACUUACAAUCAAAUUAGUUGAUGGUUUCCAAUUUUUGAAAGACUUGAGAAAUCAAGAUAAAUUUGAUGUUAUUAUCACAGAUAGUUCUGAUCCAGAAGGCCCUGCAGAAGCUUUUUUCCAAAGACAGUAUUUUCAAUUACUGAAAAAUGCUUUAAGUAACGAUAAUGGUAUUAUAAUUUCACAAACAUCUGAGAAUAUAUGGUUAAAUGUAAAUUAUUUGCAAAGGUUGACUGAGACUGCUCGAGAAGUUUUUACCAACGUUAAGUACUGUUCCACGAUGGUGCCUAGUUAUACUUCUGGACAACUUGGCCUUCUGGUGUGUACGAUGAACGAUCAAAUCGAUCUAACGGAGCCAACACGUUUUCCAACUACAUCAGAACAAUCUGAAUUAAGAUAUUAUAACAAAGAUAUCCAUUCGGCAUCUUUUGUGCUGCCAAAAUGGGUCGAGAACGAUCUCAAUUAG